CACCACGUGGUCCUCCAAAGGCGGGAGAAGUACGUACUAGGCCUACCGUAUUAUAUAACUGACAAAAGAUGCGUGGCAGACGGGGGGCUGUCGCCCUCACUUCGGCGACCUUGCUCGUCACCGUCCCUUCCUCGUCUGCAACCGCUUCCUCGCUCACCCCGAUCCAAAAAGUGGUCGGCCUGCUCCAACAGAUGGCAACGAAUUUGGAGGAAGAAAAGUCGAAGGACAAGGAGCUGUACUCCAACCUGCAGUGCUGGUGCAAGACCAACACCAAGGACUUCACGAAAAAGAUUGCGGACGGGAAAGCCGCGGCAAAAUCGCUCGAGGCGGAGAUCUUCGAGCACGCGGGCAAGCUGGGUGAGUACAAAACCAACGCCAAGAACGCGGAGAAAAAGGUCGCCAAGCUGGAGGGGGCUAUGAGAGUGCACAAGAAGAACCCCUUUUCUCACUUCUGUGAUCGGAACAGCACCACAAGAAGCGGAAGAAUUGCAAGCUUCCUUGCGCGGCACGUUCAGGUAUUCAUCUGAUGAAAAUUGUCAUCCAAACAAUCAAAGUUGGUGCUGUUCAUGACAUCAACCAAAAGUUGGCGCUGUUAAUUACAAAUGAGGGAGAUGGGGAGUUUUUCUCUGUCAUAGGGGCGCUGCAGGACGCGGAAGAGCAAUACGAAGCCGCGAUGAAGGACAUGCGGGACGUAUCCACAGUAAAUUUCCCGUACAUGUACAAACUGCAUCACAAAUGUCCCCACUUUGGAGUGUGAGACUUGUCAGGCUAAACUAGGAUCGAAGCCAAGUUUUGUCAUGCAGAGACCGCAUUUGCACGUGUGCAGGAAAUUUACUGUGGAUAGGACGAGGAAGCAGAAACCGUCAGCACCAUAUCCGCCUUGGAAAACGCGCUCCAGAUUCUCGGAAAGCACCAAGGACUCCUGGAGACUCGGCCAGAGGUGGUAAACGCACUGCAGACAGUCAUGUACAUGAGCAGAGAAGUAUCCUAGAGGAAUAUAUAAAUCUCGAGCGGCACGACCUGUUGUCAUGGUUCUUCCGAACAUGUUUUUUCGGCAUUUGUCAUGAUGUGUGAAAACGAGUAGUAUAGAUCGUUUUGAUUUUUUUGCAGAUGAAACAAAAACUGCGAACGCAUAACUUUAUCAAGAAGCCGUAUUGGUAUUCAGAAUGACAAAAAGAGUGGUCCGAUAGCCCACAACGACAAAAAGACCACACGAGCAGCUUCAGUCGGCGCUCAGGAUUUUGUGCGUCGAUAGGACAAAGGAAAGAUAUACUCGCAUGCGGAUAAGACGAUGAAGAAACUGAAAUUUUAGAAUCACAAUAACGGCUAGCGCUUUGCAUACUACCAAACCAAUUGAGAGACCCCAAGUAUUGGGCAGGAAGUAAAGUUGAAUAGAGCUGCCAACACUGGUCGCGGGACAAUCUAAGACUUUUGGAGCCGAGCAGAUUGUGUUUGGCAAGCGGAAGGUAGAUUUUAAAAUGGAAAUCCCUGACAUUUCGACGAAUUCGAAAAUUUCAGUGUUUCGCUUUCAAUAACCAGAAGCCCCUUCAGAAGUCCUUUUUGCAGGCCAACACCGGCACGGGCGCCAGCAUGAAGCUCGCUAGAGCAUUGGAAGGUAUUACUUAGUUAAUCGGAAGCUUGCACAGUCUUGGAAACAGGUUGAUGUCGUGCAACAGAAUGUCUUUGAAAUGUACUUAUUUUCUCGCUCCGUCUAAAGAAUGUGAAUGUCGGUAGUAGGCAGAUAAUUGAGAUGGAGAAUCGAAUAUUUUUGCUUGAUUUUGAACGAAGGGUCUGUAGUUUAUGUCUUCUCAGCUGCAAUUAAACUUUUAAAUAAACAGCCGACUUUCGUCCUUCCCUUGACGAGCAGUCUGCCGCGCAAAUUCUGCAGACGGUGUUGCUGCAGACGAAAAGCUAUGAAGUGCAAACGUAAUAUCGGGUCAGUAUUGCAGGUUGAUGAAGGGAAAAUUUUGAUUUACCGAAAAAAAAGUGGAACUUGGGUCAAUAUUUAUGCAGCAAAAAAAGAAUUUUAGUACGAAUUUCUGUAGAUACGGCUGCGUUAGUACAUUUGCACAGCAUAGGCACGCGAAAGCCGAACACCUCGGGAAGUAUCAGUCUGGGUCCGGGCAAAUUUUUGGCAUCCUGAACAGCAUGAAGGACGAGUUUUCCGCCGAUUUGAAGGAACUGGAAGAAAAGUAUGAUAGGGAACAACUCAUUAAAUCUCUCGCAGGCUCUCCACCUUCUCCGGUUGAAGAAGAUGACCAACCGGUACAGCGCCAUAGUUUGUUUUUAGAAGAUGCAGGUCUUGUCGUCUCUCGGGUAUGACAGAACAAGUAGUAGAAUUUUAUUUGCGCACGUCCCCCUCAAGUGCAGGAUAAAUGCUGAUGAUGAGCACCCUGCAUCAGAUUCAAGUGUUGCAACAGCAGGCGUUCAAGUUCAUCGAAUAGAAUGAGUUGCUCACCUUCAUACCAAAAUUGCCACGGAGGAAAAAGCGUACAAGGAGCUCAAGAAGUCGACUACGGAGCAGUUGGAAGCCGCACGAAAGUCGUUCGAGGAAAACACGUAUCACAUGCAAAUGUGUAGUAGUACUAAACUCGGUUUGGAAAAUUGCAAGACUUGUCAUGCCUGAGCCUGCCUGACAUGACUUUGAGCUCUGUGGAGAUGCUUGUGCGGCAAAAGAUCCUCUACGCUCGAAUUCGAAGACGCAUCUUGCCGUGCGGAAUACUCAACACGCAACAACUCAGGAACGUGUCCUGUUCGACCACGACGUAUCGCAGUGAGCAUGUAUUAAAAGUCACAGAUUUGCAAAACAGCUUUCCACAUGAUCUAAGACACACUCGCCUUUCAUAACGCGGCACUGGCAGGGAAGGCGAAAUUCCUGGGGACCGAGGGCAAGGAAGAGCUGAAGAAGAUUCGCGCGCAUAUCCUGUGUAAAAACACAUUCCCCACGAGAAGGACCCCAUAGCCACGACGGGACUCAUUUUUUCAUGCACGCAUGUCAUAGGUGUGUCUCGACAUUGCAGAUUCGGCGUGAAUCAAGUCUCACGAAAAUAAACCAUGCUUCUGAAUGUUUCUUGUCGGGAACAUACAGGUCGCGUAAUAGUACUACGAGAAGGACACUUGCUGCACAUGCUGACUAUAUAAGUCAGCGCGAUAGUAUUAAGGAGCUCUGUGGCGUGGGUUUGUCUUUACACAGGAUAACGCAGGUGGACGCCGACACAACGGUGCUGCUCGAAGUCAAAGACUAUGUAUUGCAAAAGUUAUAGUGCACUCCUACUAAUGCUAAUCGCAAUCGCGCAUGUUGGCAGAUCCAUCUCCUUUCUAGCCGAACUCUACUACUACAUAGCAUUUCUCCAAAAGUCUGUCAUGUGCUUUGCACUGAUAUGUCACCAUCAGCUACUUUUGCCAUGCAUAAAGACCAGUGCACCAACAUUGACAUUGACUGGAAGCUCCGCACCGAGGCGCGUGACGCCGAAAUCGCCGCUGUCGCCAAGGCCAUCGAAAUCAUGACCUCGGACGAGACGCGCGGCGCGCUGCAGCCCAGCGAGUUCGGCCUCUUUGUGCAAACGCAGGCGCAGUCAAGCCUGAGCAGGAGCAAAAAGUUGGCGCAAAAGGUACUUAAAUGAAAAUUCAGUGCGCUAUUCUUUAUCCAGCCGAUUUUUGUUGAGCUCCGUUUUGUCAAAUCUAUUUUCCGUUCAGUUGAAGCUUUUCUGUUUGUCGAUCGCAUUUCUAUUGUCACUUCCCCUGUUGUCUUAAAAAAACCGAAGGUGCUCCAACACACGCUGGACUCUCUGCCGUCAUGGAAUGAAGUGAACCUGGACUUGCAAAACGCGAAGCUUCAGAACCAGAUGCAGACGCAAAAGCAGAAACUGGCUUUGAUUGCCGAGAGUGUCAGACUAUGCAUUUUUGCAAAAGCAUCGCACGUAGUUUGCAUUAUCGCAUCACGAACUUUAUUUUCAACUUGUUCAUCGAAGCACGCAGCUUGCAGCGCUGAUGAAUGUACAUGUAGAAAGGGAGUGAGAUAUAAUCUGAUGCAGGAAGAUGAGUGCAACUCAUACAAGUGCGGUUUUUUUGCACAGGAUGCACACUAGACGCGUUCGAGAAAGUAAAGAAAAUGAUCGACGAACUCGUGGCGGACAUCAAGGAGCUAUCAGAGCGCAUACAUCUCCCCCUCGUCCCCCUUUGAUCAUGGCAUGGUCCACAGCAACACAAGCAGAGUUGAAGUCGCAGCUUUUGCAUGACAAAUUAUUGAAGACCGUCUCUAGUGCAGUUUCGGUGUUCAUCCGGAUGUUGAAUCUGUCAUGCAUAGGGCUGGCAAAGGAAAAACCAAAAGCGUGGAGUUGGUGUUUUGCAUGACAAAAAAAGAAGAACUGCAAGAGAAAGGACGAGUCGGUUGUGCUGUCUCAUAGGAGCAGAUGGCCCUGGAUGUGAAGACGAAGGACGAGUGCGGGGCCAACAUAUCAAAUGCAAAAGUUGUGUCUGGGUCUGGAAGGAAGGAUGCGAACUUGUGAUGCAUACUUGGAUCACGCAAAAAUCUGUCAUGCUUAGACAGCAAAGGUGCCUCCUUUCCCUGUCGCCGAAGGAAGGCGUUCUUUGUCAUGCGGAUUAAGCAUUAGGAAACCGCCUCAAAACCUGUGAUGCUAGGCCUUGCAUGGCACACCUUCUGCGUCAAGAAGCAGACACAGCAUCACAAACGUCAGCAAUCUUCCAGACGACCCAGACACUUUUGCAAUGUAUACAACAUCAAGAAAAACGAGAAGGAGAGCACGGAAGCGAAGCGUGCGCUGCAGCUGGCGGAAGAGAAGAUUGCCGCGCUGGUGGAGGACAUCGCGAAGAUCGACGCCGUAUCAAGUGCAAAUAUGUCUAGGCCUGGAAGAAUGCAACUUGUGAUGCUGCGUUUGGAUUCCAAAAAUCUGCAUUGCAUGAACAGCAAAAGAGAUGGUCCAGCUUUUGCCAUCGCGAGAGGGCAUUUCUCAUGCGGUAAAGGCAUCAGAUAUCCCUCACAAGAUCUGUGAUGCUGGGGCAUGCGUCACAGACAUCAGGACUCAUGCAAAAUGUGCAUAGCAAACCUUGCGUCCUUCCAUGAUACGCUGACACAUUUGCAAUGUAUACACCGACGUGGUUGCCGAAAAAGAGUCGAUCGCAGAAACCAAGAAAGACAUGACCAAGGCAGAGCAGGACCGGGAGGCGGAAAACGCGGAAUUCCAAAAGACCGUCACCGAGCGUAUGGGAUUCGCAAACGUUACAUUGUUCUCAACUACUACUAUGAUUUGCCAUGCAGGAUCACAAUCACUAUCAAUACCGCCACGAUCAAGCUACUUCGCAUGACAAAUUUUCGACGCGAGCGUAAAUAGAACUAGAAUCCGCACCAAAUCGGUAAUGCAAGACGCGCAAGGAAGUUCUCCCUCUCGCCUGUGCUAUUCUUGCACUGAUUAUACAAAUCCGUGUAACAGUUGAGAGUGUAGCGUUUGCGAAUGUCAUAGAGCAGCGGGAGAUGCAGAAGGUGCUGUCGAAAGCGCUGAAGGUUUUGAAAGACCACUACGAAAAGGCCUCUUUGUUGCAGUUGAAAGCGAGUGCAAAGUCCCUGUCUCACCACAAGCAAACGCCGAUGCCGGGGUCACUGUCCGGCUACAAGAAGCAGGACGCUUCCACGGGCGUGUUGGCCAUGAUGGACAAAAUCAUGACGGACUCGAAGGACCUAGAAAAGGAAGCGCUCGUGACGGUAUGACAGUGGACAAUUGUAGUAGUACUUACUGUGCCUGCCUUCAUAAUUUGUGUGAUGCAGGAUCAUGCGCGAUCAUGCCUAGAAGGUAUUUAGACGGACCGGGCUCCACCUGCUACGGGGGGAGUAGGUAAUUGUAUUUUAGGCUGUUUCUGUUGCGACGCCACCUGCUCUUCAAAUGAGAGAAGCAAGGGGAAGAAUGGUAGUUGUCCACUGGCAUAACCGGAGUCUUCCGCCCAAAAGGACUACGAGAAGUACAUCGCUGAUUCCGUGGCCGCGUUAGAAGCUAGCUAUGGAACGGUCGCCAGUCUGGAAGAAGAGCGGGCUGACAAGGUACAACUUCAACUUGGAUUUCCAACGUUUUGACUCUUUUCGUACAUUUUUGAAUCCUUGUGCGCGGCACUGACAACUUCUAUAUGAUGUUAUUUUGGUCGCUCGCUCGUCCCGAGCAUCUCUGUUAUGGCUGCUUCUUGUAUGGCCAUGAUAUCAAGAGCAUAAAAUGAAAACAGGUGCAGGAGAAAGCGGACACUGAGAAAGCCGUGGAGAACACCAAGGCAGAGAUCGAGGGAUUGAGCAAGGUCAACAUAUGCCUUGCAAAAGUAUCGUAUUCGUAUAAAUGCAUUACAAAUUCCCCCAGCAUGAGAAAUAAAACUUGCAAUGCGGAUUUACCUUAAGAACAAGAUUUGUAAUGCAAGUCUUGCAUUUAUACGAAUACGAUACUUUUGCACAGGAUACAACACCGCUUUGCACAAUGACUGCGACUUCCUGCUCAAGUUUUUCACCGCACGACUACUACAGCGAAAAAUGCCCCCACCCCCAAAGUUACAAAAAUUUGUGAUGCGAGGUUCCCAAAUGAAAACUUUUUGUCAUGCAUGAAAGGACUAUGAAUCUUUCUGAUGCAGGGUCUAGUCGUAUAGAGCAUCGCUUGCAUGACAGGCGCCGCUCUUGCUGGGGUCUUUUGCAAUACAAAUUACUGCUUUUCACGAUUGAACACCUGUGAUGCUGAUAGAUGCAAGAGGGCGAGUGUUUCAUUUGGGAAGGCUUGCAAUACAAUUGCUCCCAAGUUCGGGGGUGGGGGCAUUUUUCAUUAUAAUAACGACAGGAAGCCAUGGCCUCCGAGGUCGAGGCCGCGCAGAAGGCCAAGGCGAUCUUAAGCGGGGCCAAGUAGUUUGUUUGUAAUGUACAAUAGUAAGGCUCGAACACAAAAUUAAGAUGGAAAAAAAUUGAGAGCGACUGUAGCAGUUGUAGCAGCAGCGUUCACCUUUCGGACAAUUACAGCAGUUAUCUAAAUACCAGAAAUCGUUAGGUUAUGUCACCAAUGUACCUCUUCCACACUGCGUCUGAGUUUUCACAGCUGCGUCCUUUUCUCGUCUUGGUUUCUCGUGUAGCACACUUUAGUAAAUUCGUAUUUCAAGCAAAACGUUUUUAGAUCGAUUUAUCAAGCAAAGACAGUUCUAUAUGGUAAUUACUUUUCAAGCAACUCUUUAGUAAAUUCGUAUUUCAAGCACAGAUCCCUUUUAGUAAAUUCGUAUUUCAAGCACAUCAUGCACGCUAAGGAACCAAGAAUGGUGCUGGUGUGAAGGGCUUGUUGUCUGAACGAAGAGCAUGAGCUGCGCGCUACGCAAAGAUCGCCCCGUUUUGUUUCAUUUCCGAAUUUAUUUUGCACCAUCAAGAGUUCGAAAUUGGAUUUACGAGCGUAUACCGCCCGACUGAAGGUUGGUACCAGACAGACUCAGGAUCUGAUCGUAGUGGUCGUUUGUACGAUCGCAAAAUUGUUGGCUAGCCCAUUAAACGUCGGACAGUGAAAUAUUGCAUGGCUUACUGUCGCACGACGCGAUCACAUGGAUCUUCUGGU